GACGGGCCUUGCAGCAGCGCAGACUCCCUGAGACCCUUACCCCCUUCUCCCCCGGAAACUCCCGAUGGGAUCCGGGAGCAACACUUGAGCUCAACACGUUCGCUUGGUGCCGGUGACUGUUAUAAAACACGCUGCCGGUGCAAAUUCCCCAGCCAAACCUCUGCUUGUCUCGUGAGUCACGACAGCACGCGGGGGCGCCCGCGCAACACCAGUCCACCCGCUGCAGUGCCAAUGUCUUCCACCCAGGCGGAGGUGCCUUGCGCGGUCGAGCCUCAGGGCAUCGACGAGAUGCGGGCACUGGUCCAGACUGGUCACUCCCCCUGGUCAAGCCUGUUCUACCCGCCAAGCAAGUGGCGACACACGAGCUGACACGCCGUGACGCCGCCCCUGGUAGGUAGUGCGGGAUGUCGAACUCGUGCUCGUUGGCAUCCUCCGACGCACGCUCGCGGCCCGAGCCGCCGCAUGCGUGGCAUGGCGCUGAUGACGACGCUGCGUGCGGCUGGUGCUUUGGCUCUGACAUUGACGGUAUGGAGCUAGCGGCCGUGUCGGCGGCCGAGCAGGAAUCCAGCCAGGAAUCGGCUGCUGCAUCGGCGCUGGCGUUUAAGGCCCCCGCGUAGCCUGCCGUCAUGCAAGUCAUGCAAGCCAUGCUCGUAUACAUGUAUGCAUGUGCGAGCCCUGUCGGCAUUUGCCAUGCGAAGGGCGUGUGGAGGAUGUCACGGUCAUAUCAUCACAGCGCGGAGCUGGUCCUUAUCAAUACUCCGUUGGAGCAGUGUACACGGGAAGCAUGUAUGUAUGAUGUCCCCAGCCGUGGAUGCACCGGAUUGAAUUGGCCUGGGAGCAUUGGGUUCCAACUCGUGUCGUGUCACAGGUCCGCACACGGGUCCGCAGGCAACGUUUUAACGUUUUGACGGUACGUUUUGACGGUACGCGCUUGCCCCCAGUCCGCCUUGCAAGGUACCCGCACGGCAGCGGUCGCAGUAGCUGGUCCACACAACCCAUCUGCAAGUUACGACAUUGGGCGGCCCGCGGAGCCCGCGCCGAGCCGCAGCUGAAGGUUGGGGGGAGGCGGUUGCCUUGGAUCAUGAAGCCGUUUGGCUUUGGAUCUAGACUCACCGAACCGCGCCUGGAGUCCUGCAGCCGACAUGCUAUACUCCUUAUACGUAAGUCUUUGCGGUUGAGUGCUCUAAAACUGGCCCACACGCACUGCGCGUGAAGGAAUGGGCGGAGUGGCAAUAGUCUGAAAAAGUACGCG